AUGGUUGGCGCUAAACCAUAUCCUGACCCGUGUGUCUCUGGCCAAAAGCUUUCAGCUAGCCAUGGGGAACCUGCUGAAGACGUGACUUCCUACAGGCAAGUUGUGGGCGCCCUACAAUACUGCAUGUUGACUAGACCAGAAAUUGCUUAUUCGGUCAAUCAACUUUGCCAACACCUUCAUGCUCCCACUAAGAUUCACUUGAAAUCAGCCAAGAGAGUUCUAAGGUACCUCAAAGGCACAGUUGAUCAUGGUCUCUAUUUCAGCAAAGGGACACUAGGAAUCACAGCUUACUGCGACACAGAUUGGUCUGGAGAUGCCACAGACCAUCGAUCAACUACAGGGUACAGUAUAUUCUUUGGUCCGUGCCUUGUGUCUUGGUGUGCUAAGAAACAGAGUGUAGUUUCUCGGUCUAGUACUGAGUCUGAAUAUCGGGCACUUGCAAUGGUGGUGGCUGAAUGA